UCUGUGAAGAGAGAACUAGAGCGGCAGCAAGAUGACCGACGCUCAGAUGGCCGACUUCGGGGAGGCGGCCCAGUACCUCCGCAAGUCCGAAAAGGAGCGUCUGGAGGCCCAAACGCGGCCCUUCGACAUCCGCACCGAGUGCUUCGUGCCCGAUGACAAGGAGGAGUUCGUCAAGGCCAAGAUAGUGUCCCGAGAGGGGGGCAAGGUCACAGCCGAGACGGAGAAUGGCAAGACGGUGACGGUGAAGGAGGACCAGGUGAUGCAGCAGAACCCGCCCAAGUUCGACAAGAUCGAGGACAUGGCGAUGCUGACCUUCCUGCACGAGCCCGCGGUGCUGUUCAACCUCAAGGAGCGCUACGCGGCCUGGAUGAUCUACACCUAUUCGGGCCUCUUCUGCGUCACCGUCAACCCCUACAAGUGGCUGCCGGUGUACAACGCCGAGGUGGUGGCUGCCUACCGGGGCAAGAAGCGGAGCGAGGCCCCGCCACACAUCUUCUCCAUCUCUGACAACGCUUACCAGUACAUGCUGACAGAUCGCGAGAACCAGUCCAUCCUCAUCACCGGAGAAUCCGGUGCGGGGAAGACGGUGAACACCAAGCGUGUCAUCCAGUACUUUGCCAGCAUUGCAGCCAUAGGGGACCGGGGCAAGAAAGACAACCCCAACGCCAGCAAGGGCACCCUGGAAGACCAGAUCAUCCAGGCCAACCCUGCUCUGGAGGCCUUUGGCAACGCCAAGACGGUCCGGAACGACAACUCCUCCCGCUUCGGGAAAUUCAUCCGGAUCCACUUCGGAGCCACCGGGAAGCUGGCGUCUGCCGACAUCGAAACCUACCUGCUGGAGAAGUCCCGGGUGAUCUUUCAGCUAAAGUCUGAGAGGAACUACCACAUCUUCUACCAGAUCCUGUCCAACAAGAAGCCAGAGCUGUUGGACAUGCUGUUGGUCACCAACAACCCCUACGACUACGCCUUUGUGUCUCAGGGAGAGGUGUCCGUGGCGUCCAUCGAUGACUCUGAGGAGCUGCUGGCCACCGAUAGUGCCUUUGACGUGCUGGGCUUCACCGCAGAGGAGAAGGCCGGCGUCUACAAGCUGACCGGCGCCAUCAUGCACUACGGAAACAUGAAGUUCAAGCAGAAGCAGCGGGAGGAGCAGGCGGAGCCGGACGGCACGGAAGAUGCUGACAAGUCCGCCUACCUCAUGGGGCUGAACUCCGCCGACCUGCUCAAGGGGCUGUGCCACCCGCGGGUGAAGGUGGGCAACGAGUACGUCACCAAGGGGCAGAGCGUGCAGCAGGUGUACUACUCCAUCGGCGCGCUGGCCAAGUCGGUGUACGAGAAGAUGUUCAACUGGAUGGUGACGCGCAUCAACGCCACCCUGGAGACCAAGCAGCCGCGCCAGUACUUCAUAGGCGUCCUGGACAUCGCGGGCUUCGAGAUCUUUGACUUCAACAGCUUUGAGCAGCUGUGCAUCAACUUCACCAACGAGAAGCUGCAGCAGUUCUUCAACCACCACAUGUUCGUGCUGGAGCAGGAGGAGUACAAGAAGGAGGGCAUCGAGUGGGAGUUCAUCGACUUCGGCAUGGACCUGCAGGCCUGCAUCGACCUCAUUGAGAAGCCCAUGGGCAUCAUGUCCAUCCUGGAGGAGGAGUGCAUGUUCCCCAAAGCCUCCGACAUGACCUUCAAGGCCAAGCUGUACGACAACCACCUGGGCAAGUCCAACAACUUCCAGAAGCCCCGCAACGUGAAGGGGAAGCAGGAAGCCCAUUUCUCCCUGGUGCACUACGCCGGCACCGUGGACUACAACAUCAUGGGCUGGCUGGAGAAGAACAAGGACCCUCUCAACGAGACCGUGGUGGGCCUGUACCAGAAGUCCUCCCUCAAGCUCCUGGCCACGCUCUUCUCCUCCUAUGCUUCGGUGGACGCCGGGGACAGUGGUAAAGGAAAAGGAAGCAAGAAAAAGGGCUCAUCCUUCCAGACGGUGUCUGCUCUCCACCGGGAAAAUCUGAAUAAGCUCAUGGCCAACCUGAAGACUACUCACCCUCACUUCGUACGCUGCCUCAUCCCCAACGAGCGGAAAGCACCGGGGGUGAUGGACAACCCCCUGGUCAUGCACCAGCUGCGCUGCAACGGCGUGCUGGAGGGCAUCCGCAUCUGCAGGAAGGGCUUCCCCAACCGCAUCCUCUACGGGGACUUCCGGCAGAGGUAUCGCAUCCUGAACCCAGCCGCCAUCCCCGAGGGGCAGUUCAUCGACAGCAGGAAAGGCGCCGAGAAGCUGCUGGGCUCCCUGGACAUCGACCACAACCAGUACAAGUUUGGCCACACCAAGGUGUUCUUCAAGGCGGGGCUGCUGGGGCUGCUGGAGGAGAUGAGGGACGAGAGGCUGAGCCGAAUCAUCACUCGCAUCCAGGCCCAAGCCCGGGGCCAGCUCAUGCGCAAUGAGUUCAAGAAGAUCGUAGAGCGCAGGGAUGCCCUACUGGUAAUCCAGUGGAACAUCCGGGCCUUCAUGGGGGUCAAGAACUGGCCGUGGAUGAAGCUCUACUUCAAGAUCAAGCCCCUGCUGAAGAGCGCGGAGACGGAGAAGGAGAUGGCCAACAUGAAGGAGGAGUUUGGGCGCGUCAAAGAUGCGCUCGAGAAGUCUGAGGCUCGCCGCAAGGAGCUGGAGGAAAAGAUGGUGUCUCUGCUGCAGGAGAAGAACGACCUGCAGCUGCAAGUGCAGGCGGAGCAAGACAAUCUCAACGACGCGGAGGAGCGCUGCGACCAGCUCAUCAAGAACAAGAUCCAGCUGGAGGCCAAGGUCAAGGAGAUGACGGAGAGGAUGGAGGACGAGGAGGAGAUGAACGCGGAGCUCACCGCCAAGAAGCGCAAGCUGGAAGACGAGUGCUCCGAGCUCAAGAAGGACAUCGAUGACCUGGAGCUGACGCUGGCCAAGGUGGAGAAGGAGAAGCACGCAACCGAGAACAAGGUGAAGAACCUCACAGAGGAGAUGGCUGGGCUGGAUGAGAUCAUUGCCAAGCUGACCAAGGAGAAGAAAGCUCUGCAGGAGGCCCAUCAGCAGGCUCUGGAUGACCUGCAGGCGGAGGAGGACAAGGUCAACUCCCUGACCAAGUCUAAGGUCAAGCUGGAGCAGCAGGUGGAUGAUCUGGAGGGGUCCCUGGAGCAGGAGAAGAAGGUGCGCAUGGACCUGGAGCGGGCCAAGAGGAAGCGAGGGGACCUGAAGCUGACACAGGAGAGCAUCAUGGACCUGGAGAAUGACAAGCUGCAGCUGGAAGAAAAGCUCAAGAAAAAAGAGUUUGACAUAAACCAGCAGAACAGUAAGAUUGAAGAUGAGCAGGCCCUGGCUCUCCAGCUUCAGAAGAAACUGAAGGAAAACCAGGCCCGCAUCGAGGAGCUGGAGGAGGAGCUGGAGGCCGAGCGCACGGCCCGGGCCAAAGUGGAGAAGCUGCGCUCGGACCUGUCCCGGGAGCUGGAGGAGAUCAGCGAGCGGCUGGAGGAGGCCGGCGGGGCCACCUCCGUGCAGAUCGAGAUGAACAAGAAGCGCGAGGCCGAGUUCCAGAAGAUGAGGCGCGACCUGGAGGAGGCCACGCUGCAGCACGAGGCCACCGCCGCGGCCCUGCGCAAGAAGCACGCCGACAGCGUGGCGGAGCUGGGUGAGCAGAUCGACAACCUGCAGCGCGUGAAGCAGAAGCUGGAGAAGGAGAAGAGCGAGUUCAAGCUGGAGCUGGACGACGUCACCUCCAACAUGGAGCAGAUCAUCAAGGCCAAGGCAAACCUGGAGAAAGUGUCCCGGACGCUGGAAGACCAGGCCAGUGAGUACCGGACGAAGCUGGAAGAGGCGCAACGCUCCCUCAAUGACUUCACGACCCAGAGGGCCAAGCUGCAGACUGAGAAUGGAGAGUUGGCCCGGCAGCUCGAGGAGAAGGAGGCACUGAUUUCCCAGCUGACCCGAGGGAAGCUCUCCUAUACCCAGCAGAUGGAGGACCUCAAGAGGCAGCUGGAGGAGGAAGGCAAGGCCAAGAACGCGCUGGCCCACGCGCUGCAGUCGGCCCGGCACGACUGCGACCUGCUGCGGGAGCAGUACGAGGAGGAGACGGAGGCCAAGGCCGAGCUGCAGCGCGCGCUGUCCAAGGCCAACUCGGAGGUGGCCCAGUGGAGGACCAAGUACGAGACGGACGCCAUCCAGCGGACCGAGGAGCUGGAGGAGGCCAAGAAGAAGCUGGCGCAGAGGCUGCAGGACGCCGAGGAGGCGGUGGAGGCCGUCAACGCCAAGUGCUCCUCGCUGGAGAAGACCAAGCACCGGCUGCAGAACGAGAUCGAAGACCUGAUGGUGGACGUGGAGCGCUCCAACGCCGCCGCCGCGGCCCUGGACAAGAAGCAGAGGAACUUUGACAAGAUCCUGGCCGAGUGGAAGCAGAAAUACGAAGAGUCCCAGUCGGAGCUGGAGUCGUCCCAGAAGGAGGCCCGCUCGCUGAGCACGGAGCUCUUCAAGCUCAAGAACGCCUAUGAGGAGUCUCUGGAGCACCUGGAGACCUUCAAGAGGGAGAACAAGAACCUGCAGGAGGAGAUCUCGGACCUGACCGAGCAGCUGGGGGAAGGCGGGAAGAACGUGCACGAGCUGGAGAAGAUCCGCAAGCAGCUGGAGGUGGAGAAGCUGGAGCUGCAGUCGGCCCUGGAGGAGGCAGAGGCCUCCCUGGAGCACGAGGAAGGCAAGAUCCUCCGCGCGCAGCUCGAGUUCAACCAGAUCAAGGCGGAGAUGGAGCGCAAGCUGGCGGAGAAGGACGAGGAGAUGGAGCAGGCCAAGCGCAACCACCUGAGCGCCGUGGAGUCGCUGCAGACCUCGCUGGACGCGGAGACGCGCAGCCGCAACGAGGCCCUGCGGGUGAAGAAGAAGAUGGAGGGCGACCUCAACGAGAUGGAGAUCCAGCUCAGCCAGGCCAACCGCGUGGCCGCCGAGGCCCAGAAGCACCUGAAGAUCGCGCAGGCCGCCCUGAAGGACACCCAGCUGCAGCUGGACGACGCGGUCCGCGCCAACGACGACCUGAGGGAGAACGCCGCCAUCGUGGAGCGGCGCAGCGCGCUGCUGCAGGCGGAGCUGGAGGAGCUGCGGGCCGUGGUGGAGCAGACCGAGCGCUCGCGGAAGCUGGCGGAGCAGGAGCUGAUCGAGACCGGCGAGCGGGUGCAGCUGCUGCACGCCCAGAACACCAGCCCUCAUCACCAGAAGAAGAAGAUGGACGCGGACCUGAGCCAGCUGCAGAGCGAGGUGGAGGAGGCGGUGCAGGAGUGCAGGAACGCCGAGGAGAAGGCCAAGAAGGCCAUCACCGACGCGGCCAUGAUGGCGGAGGAGCUGAAGAAGGAGCAGGACACCAGCGCGCACCUGGAGCGCAUGAAGAAGAACAUGGAGCAGACCAUCAAGGACCUGCAGCACCGGCUGGACGAGGCGGAGCAGAUCGCCCUGAAGGGCGGCAAGAAGCAGCUGCAGAAGCUGGAGGCGCGCGUGCGCGAGCUGGAGAACGAGCUGGAGGCCGAGCAGAAGCGCAACGCGGAGUCCGUCAAGGGCAUGCGCAAGAGCGAGCGGCGCAUCAAGGAGCUCACCUACCAGACCGAGGAAGACAAGAAGAACCUGCUGCGGCUGCAGGACCUGGUGGACAAGCUGCAGCUGAAGGUCAAGGCCUACAAGCGCCAGGCGGAGGAGGCGGAGGAGCAGGCCAACACCAACCUGUCCAAGUUCCGGAAGGUGCAGCACGAGCUGGACGAGGCGGAGGAGCGGGCGGACAUCGCCGAGUCCCAGGUCAACAAGCUGCGCGCCAAGAGCCGCGACAUCGGCGCAAGAAAAUGCACGACGAGGAGUGACACCAGCCCAGACCCUCCAUGUUGCCAGCCACCAAUAAACAACAGGCCUGACUCACUGUGUGCUCUGUCCUUUCACCGCGGGGGGGCGGGGGGGCCGCCUCUGUGUCAGAGCUGUGGGGCCCAGACCUCCCGCCUGCAGACAGGAGGGCGUCCUGCUGAGGUAGCGCAGCGCGAGUCCUGGCUGCUGGAGGAAGGCUCCGAACCGGGGGAGCAAGGCCCAGUGCCCGCGGUCUGUGCCCAGUGCCCGCCGUCCGCGCCCACUGCCCGCCGUCCGCGCCCACUGCCCGCGGUCACACCACUGCCCGCCGUCCACACCACUGCCCGCGGUCCACACCACUGCCCGCGGUCCACACCACUGCCCGCCGUCCACACCACUGCCCGCGGUCCACACCACUGCCCGCGGUCCACACCACUGCCCGCCGUCCGCACCACUGCCCGCGGUCCACACCACUGCCCGCGGUCCACACCACUGCCCGCGGUCCACACCACUGCCCGCGGUCCACACCACUGCCCGCCGUCCGCACCACUGCCCGCGGUCCACACCACUGCCCGCGGUCCACACCACUUGCCCGCGGUCCACACCACUGCCCGCCGUCCGCGCCCAGUGCCCGCGGGCCACACCACUGCCCGCCGUCCGCACCACUGCCCGCGGUCCACACCACUGCCCGCGGUCCACACCACUGCCCGCGGUCCGCGCCCAGUGCCCGCGGUCCACACCACUGCCCGCGGUCCACACCACUGCCCGCGGUCCACACCACUGCCCGCCGUCCACACCACUGCCCGCGGCCCACACCACUGCCCGCCGUCCACACCACUGCCCGCCGUCCACACCACUGCCCGCCGUCCACACCACUGCCCGCCGUCCGCGCCCAGUGCCCGCGGCCACCACCACUGCCCGCCGUCCGCGCCCAGUGCCCGCGGGCCACACCACUGCCCGCCGUCCGCGCCCAGUGCCCGCGGGCCCACACCACUGCCCGCCGUCCACACCACUGCCCGAGGUCACACCACUGCCCGCCGUCCACACCACUGCCCGCGGGCCACACCACUGCCCGCCGUCCACACCACUGCCCGCGGUCCACCACCACAUGCCCGCCGUCCACACCACUGCCCGCCGUCCACACCACUGCCCGCCGUCCACACCACUGCCCGCGGUCCACACCACUGCCCGCCGUCCACACCACUGCCCGCGGUCCACACCACUGCCCGCGGUCCCGCGCCCAGUGCCCGCGGUCCACACCACUGCCCGCCGUCCACACCACUGCCCGCCGUCCACACCACUGCCCGCCGUCCGCGCCUGCCGUCGGGUGCCCGGGGGACUGAGAUUGGAGCAUCGUGGUUUGAAGCUGUCCUGGGCAGAGAAGGCAAAGAGACUCUCACCUCCCAUUAG